AUGCGACUCAUCAGUACCACAACUCUAGAGAUCGAAGAGUUCUUUGACAUCUCCAUACCCGAAUAUGCUAUCCUGUCGCAUACCUGGGGCGACGGCGAAGUGUCGCUGCAGGACUGGGCCGACCGUAAAAACCGCCGCUUCAAACCCGGUUUCCAGAAGAUCAUGUGGGCUUGCAACCAGGCUGUCAAAGACAAACUCGACUACGUCUGGGUAGACACCAACUGCAUCGACAAGAGCAGCUCGGCAGAGCUCUCAGAAGCCAUCAACUCCAUGUUCAAGUGGUACCGGAGGUCCAAUAUCUGCUAUGUGUACCUGGAAGACGUGCCGGCCAUGACACUGGAUCAAUGUAUUGAACCGGACAGUGUCUUUAGGAGCGCAAGAUGGUUUACCAGGGGCUGGACCCUUCAGGAGCUAAUCGCAUCGCCAAAUAUCAACUUUUUCUCCAACGACUGGACGGCAAUAGCUACAAAGCCAGAACUGGCACUCUGCAUCUCCGAGAUCACAGGAAUCGCGUGGUCGUGUCUCCUCAAGGGCAGGCUCUCCAAGUCCCACCCACUGCGGAGAUACAGCGUGGCCCAAAGGCUGGCAUGGGCAUCUCGCCGCUCGACGACGCGCAUCGAGGACCAGGCUUACUCACUGCUUGGGCUCUUUGACAUCACAAUGCCCCUCGUUUAUGGAGAGGGCCACGAAGCUUUCACCAGACUUCUCGGAGAAAUCAUCCACAAAUACGCCGACCAUAGCUUCGCCUCUCAGCUGCGAUACGUUGACUUUCUCCCCCGGUCACCUAUGGAGUUCUGCGACUCGCAGUCCGUGGUCGUCAGUAGCUCGCCGCAGCUACAGAAGCAUUACAUCCCCGGGGAUCACCCGUAUCCGUUUCAUCUGACCAACACGGGCUUACAGAUUACUCUGCCCAUUGUGACCACCUUGGUGCCGCACUUUGUGUUUGGUGUUCUCGAUUGCUGGGACCUUGAGAAAGCUAGCACCCAAUCUACCCGCUCUGUCUCUCGGAUAUGGAUACCGUUGCUUCAGAAGGGUCCUGAGCGACUGCAGCAAUAUUCGCGGUUGCUUUGGCCUCAAACCUUCUUCCCGGUGAAGCUAGUCCGGAAGGAGAGUAUAAUGGGAUCAAUGCAUCCGAGCGACUACACCAGGGGAGGAUCGCAUAGCCAACUGUCAGAACAUUCUCUCUUCUGGGCAGGGGAGGGAUCAUAUACAGAAUCUACGGCGACACCAAUUUCAAAGUAUGUCGAUCCCCUAUCAGCGGGUUUCCACAGAAGCAUUCAAAUUAAAAAGCCGUAUGCGACUAUUCUAUCUGUUCCGCCGUGGUACCCUCGCGAGGCUGGAAGUCCGUUUCUGUUAUGCUUUUCUCGAGGGACUGCUAACUAUCGCCUCUAUGGCAUCUUUCCAAGCGACAGCACUUUGGACGCCGCAUGGUUAGCAGAAAAGCCGCCUCUCCUACCACUAGUGUUACCACGCCGAAUACAGGGCAACGUGGACAAGAGAGAUGGCGGCGGCCUCUACGGCGCAGUGGUUGUCUUCAAGAAACGCCGAGUACGGCCUGCUAGGUUUGUCGCUAUAUGCUUGGCCAAUAUGGGACAACCAGAUCAUGAUGAACGACGGAUCAAGUUCAUUCCCAGGUGUAAGGUUAUCCGGGGUUGGGACACAUGGAGAGCCCAAGACGUGCAAAACAUCGACUUUGAUGAGCUCUCUGAUGUUGAUGCCGAGGGCGAGGUGUUGGUCACGGUGCAGAAGGUGUCGAGUAAUCCCAGGUCGGCGGCCCAGGGCUCUGAGUCCCGUUUCGUUGGCCUGACCCAGGUGGUCUUCGAUAGAAGGCAGAUGAUAGAUGAGUUGCAUCUAUCGCCUAACCAAGUCCCAAAGGCGCCGGAGGGCAUCCUGCAGCACUAUGGCCAAGAGUGUUCUGAUGAAGAUAUAGGCGAUUUGAUAUAG